CACACUGUCACCCAAUCGCUCCUCCCGCUAUCCCCCUCAUCUGCCUGUGCACCACACAAAACCACAUCUCCAUCUUCCUUCCCGGACCCGGCAGGCAUCCAACUGCUGAACUGCAGGGCAGCUAUGAGAGCUCUGGCCGUCGCCUCGCCCGUCGCGGCGUCGGUGCAGCCCCGUCGUCGGUGCCUCAUCGCAGGUCCAUCUCGCGAGACGAGGAACCAGCUGCGCACCUCCUUCACCGGCAUCACCGUGCAAUGCCGGGCCCAGAAACCUGUGCCUUCAGUCCGGUCGUCAUCAUCGGUUGUAGUGGCGAUGACGUCGAAGCCGUCGAUCCAGUUCAUCCAGGGCACUGACGAGCAAACAAUCCCAGACGUGCGGCUGACCAAGUCCCGGGACGGCACCAACGGGGUGGCCAUCUUCACCUUCGACCAGCCGUCAGUAUUCGACUCCUCUGCGGAGCUCGGCGACAUCACGGGGUUCUACAUGAUCGACGAGGAGGGCACACUGAAUACUGUGGACGUCAGCGCCAAGUUCGUCAACGGGAAGCCAGCAUUGGUGGAGGCCAAGUACGUGAUGCGCACCCCCAAGGACUGGGACAGGUUCAUGCGCUUCAUGGAGCGGUACUCCGAGGCCAAUGGCCUCCAGUUCCUCAAGAAGUGAUCAUCCCUCCAUCAUGCAGUCCUUGAUUCUUCCUCUUUUUGUUUGCUGCUCCGACCUGAUUUGCUGGCAGAAAAACACUAGCAGAGUUAAGUUCAGUCAUCACAGUGGCUGUUUAUUUGAGUGUGGGUGUGUUCUGGAGCUAUGUACCUUGUUGAGAUGAGAUGCUUGCUUCA